CAGCAUGAACCUGAAGAAGUACCUGGUCCGGGCACUGCACCGCCUGCAGAAGGGUCCUGGCUAUACCUACAAGGAGCUGCUGGUCUGGUACUGUGACAACACCAACACCCACGGCCCCAAGCGCAUCAUCAAGGAGGGGCCGAAGAAGAAAUUAAUCUGGUUCUUCCUAACACUGCUCUUUGCAUCCCUGGUGUUCUGGCAGUGGGGGAUCCUCAUCAACACCUACCUCUCCUACAAUGUCACUUCAUCUCUCUCCAUCGGCUUUAAGACCAUGAAGUUCCCUGCAGUCACUGUCUGCAAUGCCAACCCAUUCAAGUACUCGGAGGUGAAGCACCUGCUGAAAGAGCUGGACAGGCUCAUCGAGGCAGCACUGGAGAGGAUCCUGCAGCCCACACCAGGGAACAGCAGCGAGAAUGUGUUUCCACCACUCGACCUGCAGCUCUGGAACCAGAUACCCCUGGUCCUCAUUGAUGAGCAUGACAAAGACAACCCUGUCAUCCUGGACAUCUUUGAGACCAACCAGACUGCUGUGGGCAAUGAAACCACUGCAGCCAACGCAACAUUGGAGGAAAAGAAGUACAAGCUGGCAGUGAAGCUGUGCAGCCAUCAGGGCUCGGACAACUGCACGUACAGGAACUUCACCAGUGCAGCACAGGCAGUGACUGAGUGGUACAUCCUGCAGUCCACAUCCAUCCUCUCCAAGGUCCCACUGCACGAGAGGAUCCGGAUGGGCUACCAGGCUGAGGACAUGAUCCUAGCAUGUCUCUAUGGGGCUGAGCCCUGCAACUACAAGAAUUUCACCCAAAUCUACCACCCAGACCAUGGUAACUGCUACAUCUUUAACUGGGGCAUGGACGAAGAGGCUCUCAAUUCUUCCAAUCCCGGGGCCGAGUUUGGGCUGAAGCUGAUUUUGGACAUCAGCCAGCAGGACUACAUCCCCUACCUGUCCUCUGCUGCCGGGGCCAGGCUCAUGCUGCAUCAACAGAAGAGCUUUCCUUUCCUCAAGGAUCAGGGCAUCUACGCCAUGGCCGGGACAGAAACCUCCAUCGGAGUGCUGGUGGAUGAGCUGGAGCGGAUGGGCUAUCCCUACAGCGACUGCACCAUGAACGGCUCUGACGUCCCUGUCAAAAACCUCUACAGCCAAUACAACACCUCCUACUCUAUACAGGCUUGCCUGCGCUCCUGCUUCCAAAUCCACAUGGCUGAGAUCUGUGGAUGUGGCCACUACAUGUUCCCUUUACCUGAAGGAGUGAAUUACUGCAACAACGAGGAUAACCCAGGCUGGGCAUAUUGCUAUUCCUCACUGAGAUCCAGCAUCAAACAGCGACAGAUCUGCAUCGACUCCUGUAAAGAGACGUGCAAUGACACACAGUACAAGAUGACCAUCUCCAUGGCAGACUGGCCGUCAGAAGCCUCCGAGGACUGGAUUUUCCAUAUUCUGUCUUAUGAAAGGGAUAUGUCAACAAAUGUGACUCUGGACAGGAAUGGGAUCAUCAAGCUGAACAUUUACUUCCAGGAGUACAACUACCGCACCAUCUCGGAGUCGGCUGCCACGACGAUUGUUUGGCUACUGUCAAGCCUGGGAGGGCAGUUUGGGUUCUGGAUGGGGGGCUCGGUACUGUGUCUCAUCGAGUUCGGGGAGAUCAUCAUCGACUCACUGUGGAUCACCAUCAUCAACGUGAUCGGCUGGUGCAAAGGCCUGAGGCAGCGGCGGGCACGGGCACGGUACCCCGACGUGCCCCCGACGGUGUCGGAGCUGGUGGAGGCUCACACCAACCUGGGCUUCCAGCACGAGGCUGGGGGUGCCCUCCCUGGGGACGAGGCACUCCCCCCCGAGCCUGGCACCCCCCCACCCAACUACGACUCCCUGCGCGUGCAGCCGCUCGACGUCCUCAGUCCCGACAGCGACGCGGACACCGAGUGA